AUGUUACUCCCUCGCAUCGCACGAUCCCUCGCCGCCGUUCCCGCAACCUCCUUCCUGCGCGAGUCGCGGCCUCUCAUUGUGACUGCUGCUUUGCGCGCGCUUGUCAGAAGAUCUGCUAACACCGCGCAGCAUCAACAACAGCUUGUGCGAGUUCCGACCAUUUCUGGAGCGCCGUGCUGGGUUGAGGCGGCCCGUCGAAACGCAGCUGUAGCGCCCACAUCAGCAGUCGUAGCGCCCACAUCAGCAGCCGUAGCGCCCACAUUAGCAUUUGCAGCGUCCCACCAGUCUCACCCGUAUCACCAAGCUCUCUCCCUUUACAGUCACGCAAUGGCUCAACGAGUUCCCUUGAACCAAUUUCAACACUCGCACACCGCCCGUGCAGCAAUGUCGCCGCACCCUCUAGGUCAACAGGAGCUCUCCACAGGCAGUCUGGUGCUGCCGCCCGGGCGGCAAGCUCCACGGGUGAAAUCGGCAGUAUUUGUGAAGAGCAGCAGCAGUGUGGCGCAGUGCCCCAAGGAUACCAAGAUCCCGGAGUUUGCUGUGAUUGGCCGGUCCAAUGUGGGGAAAUCUUCCCUCAUCAACAUGCUGACCAAUCAUAAGGGGCUAGCACAGACGUCCAAGAAACCUGGCAAGACACAGCUGAUAAACCACUUUCUUAUCAACGACUCCUGGUAUCUCGUGGACUUGCCAGGCUAUGGAUACGCCGUUGCCCCCAAUGCCAUCCGCACGGAGUGGAAUGCGUUCACCAAGGCCUAUUUCACCUCUCGCACCAACCUGCUCACCGUGCUGCUGCUGGUGGAUGCCACCAUUCCGCCACAAGCCAUCGACGUGGAGUGUGCUGAUUGGCUGGGGAGGAACAAGAUCCCCCUCACGGUCGUGUUCACCAAGUGCGAUCGCCAGAAGAAGGCCCGGCGGAACGGCCGCCCGCCAGCUGUCAACGCGGCGCUGUUCCGCGCUGAGCUGGCGGAGUGCUAUGCUGAGCUGCCACCGUGGGUGAUGACGAGUGCGGUGACUGGAGAGGGGAAGGACGCAUUGUUAGCCCAUAUUGCACAGCUCAGGGAGUUCUGGCGACGGUAG